AUGUCUGCUAACAAAGGCUGGUGGGUGCCACCUGAGGGCGAGGACAGCGUGUCUGAGAAGUUCCUAAGGAAGACCAGGGACUCUCCAUUGGUACCCAUAGGCUUGGGAGGCUGCCUGCUGGUGGCAGCAUACAGAAUUUAUCGGCUGAAAGCUCGUGGUUCCACCAAGAUGUCCAUACAUCUGAUUCACACCCGAGUGGCAGCACAGGCCUGUGCUGUGGGUGCAAUCAUGCUAGGCGCUGUGUACACGAUGUACAGAGAUUACAGCAAGAGGACGGCACAGGACACUGGGGAGAAGUAGUGCUCCUGAGGGGGCUGGGUGGCCUGACCCUCUCCUCAGCCUCUGUAUGUGCCUAAUAAACCAGUGCUGAGGAAAGUCAAGUGUCUUCUUCACUAGCAGA